AACUUUGUAUGUGCUUAUAGAAUAUGUCUACAACAAAUGAUGCUAUGCCACAUGUUAAUGAAGAACAUAUUAUACCCUCAUCCUCCUCUCAUUCCUCAAUAAAGGCGACCAAGACUACUUCUGCUGCUGUUUCGGGUUGGAUUGACAGCACUACACCACCAUGGUCAAAUGUUUCUUUUGAUCAACUUUCGAAAUAUGCACGUAGAGCCUCAAGUUCUAGUCUUAAUUUACUCAAUGUGACAUCUGUGCUUCCUAUCAUCAAGUCGGAAGAUGCUGAACAACGACUUGUCGAUCGUAUACAUAAAGUCCAGCGAGGAUAUGAUAGGACACUCAAGUUAUCAUUGAAUGAAGGUUCUCAAGGAUUAUCAAAGAUAUCAGAUCAUAUUCAUCGACGUGUACCUCAACUGGUCAGCCAACGUCAACAAUUACAAACACUCUCGGAACAAGUACAAUUGGCCAAUGGUGAUUUGGAGGAUGCUCGACAAACAGUGGCUAGUAUGGAAAGGAUAGAAUCAUUUGUACGUAUGGAAGAGAUGAUUCAAAAGUCUUUGGAUUUGAUGAUAUUACGGAAAAGAUCUCAAGCAUAGUUAGUUAGUGUUAGAUAAAUAUAAUUUUAGUAUACCUUUUUUUUUUGGUUCAAUAAAAGAAUCUAUGUAUAUAAAUA